AUGAACUAAUCAGGCACAAACCAAUCGAGUUUAUCAGAUUCCAACCAAAAAGACAUAAACCAGCCAAGCACAAGCUUACUUGGUAUGAACCAGUUGGAUAUGAACCAAUAGAGUGCAAGCCAAGUGGGUAAACAACCAAGCAUGGGGCAAGCUGGCGUGAGGCAAUCAGGUACAAGCCUACCAGACAUAAAGCAACGUGGCAUGAAACAAUUGGGCAGACGGCAAUUAGCUAGGAGACAACCAGGCAUGCUGCAACAAGGCCUAAGGCAACUAGUCCUGAAUGAAGCACGCCUAAGCCAACCACGCCCAUCGCAACCAGGCCCAAGCCAAUCAGGCCCCAGAAAAUCAAGCUUGAAGCAAAAAAACCAGACCAAAUCAGGUGUGCGCCACAAAGUGAUGUGGCAACUGGACAGCCCGUCAGGUGGGAGCCAACCAAGCAUGAGUCAAGUAGGCACCAACCAAUCAGGCACAAGCCAGAUAGGCAAGAGCCAACCAGACACAAGGCAAACAGACUUGAGCCAACCAGUCCCUAGCCAACCACACAUCAGUCAACCAGGCGUGAGCGAGCAAGUCCCCAGGCAACCAGACCCUAACGAAUCAAGUAGGAACCAAACAGGCGUGAGCGAGCCAGGCACGAGCCAAUUGAGUUUAUCAGAUUCUAACCAAAUAGACAUAAGCCGGUCAAGCUCAAGCUUACAUAGUAAGAGCCAAUUGGACAUAAGCCAAUGGAGUGCAAGCAUAUAUGACACGAAACAAGUGGACAUGAAACAAACAAGCAUGAGCCAAGCUGGCAUGAGACAAUCAAGUACAAACCUACAAGACAUUAACCAACCUGGCGUGCAACAACCAGGCACACAGCAAUCAGGUGGGAACCAACCAGGCAUGUGGCAACAAGACCUGAGCCAACUGGUACUGAGUGAAGCAGGCAUAAGCCAACCAGGUCCAUCUCCACCAGGCCCCCCAGUGAUGGGGCAGCUAGACGCGAGCCAGUCAGGUAGGAGCCAGCGAAGCAUGAGACAAGUAGGCACCAGCCAACCAGUCCCAAGCCUACCAAACACCAGUAAACCAGGCAUGUGGCAACUAGGCAUGAAGCAACCAGGCACUAGCCAAUCAAGUAAGAGCCGAUCGGGCUUGAGCCAUCCAAGCAGAGGUCAACCAGGAACAUAUGAACCGGGCCCGAGUCACCCAGGCCUGAGCCAACCAGAAGGGAACCACUUAGUUGUAAGCCAACCAGGCCUGAGUCAACCAGGCAGGAGCCAGGCAAGUGUGAGCCAACUGGCCAUGAGGCAAACAAGCAUGGAUUAUUUACAAAUAAGAACUGCAAAGGCCGAAGACUGCUCAGAAAUUUUACGUCUGAUUGAAGAAUUGGCUGCCUGUGAAAACAUGCUAGGUACGAUGAAGUUAACAGCAGCUGAUUUACUCAGAGAUGGCUUUGGGGACACUCCCCUUUUCUACUGCCUGAUUGCAGAAGCAAACAGUCAACAAAAUCCAUCAGACAAAUUGACUGUUGGAUUUGCCAUGUACUACUUUACAUAUGACUCGCGGAUUGGUAAGGUCCUUUACCUAGAGGACUUUUAUGUCACAAAAGCUUACCAAGGUCUAGGUAUUGGAGCUGAAAUGCUGAAGAUUCUGAGUCAGAUUGCCAUCCGAACCCAGUGUAGCUGCAUGCACUUUCGUGUCGUCAUUUGGAACAAGUCUUCUAUCGCCUACUAUACUAGUCGAGGGGCUUUAGACCUUUCCUCUGAGGAGGGCUGGCGUCUCUUCAGGUUCAACAGAGAAGAACUCCUGAAAAUCACAGAGGAAGAAUGAAAGAGGCCUUGUAAUGACUCAUCCCAACAUAGCCUCCAACAUGUGAAUGUCACCUGAGUCUAACAGCAGUUUGACUCUGUUGUACAAUACAGCAAGUGAUCAUCACAUUCUUUUUUGAGUAGAUCUUUUAUUUUGAAACAGAUUUUGUAGAGCUAGUCAACUUUCCAUUAUCUAAAUCAAUAUUCUAAUAGCUAGUAGCUGUGCUAAUCCAAAAGAGCAGAUAAUUUAAAUAUCACUUAUACUUAGCGUUGCGCUAUUUUUUACCCACCAUAUUUCAUCAAAUGUAAGAUGCUUCUUUUUCACAAUUUGACAUAUCUGAUGUUGGGAUAAAUGUAAUUAUCACCUGGCAGCAUUUUUCUUUAGAGGCAGGAUCUUGCUAUGUUGCUCAGGCUGGUCUCAAACUUUUGGCCUCAAGCAAUCCUCCCACUUUAGCGUCCCAGACAUAAGCAGCGGUGCUCAGCAUUUUUUAAAAAUUAAAGGUAUAGGAUAUGCCUAAGAUUUGAUAAAAUACGGGUGUUUGACUAUAUUGAUCUCAGGCUUAAAGAAUUCGUUUCAAAUACUAGAAAUAAAUUCUGAAGAGCUUACUUAGGAAUAACUAGCAAUGAAGUUGCUUCCCUACCUCGAGCAGCUUAAGUACCACUGCCUUCUUGACAUCAUCCCAGAACUACAUUUUAUCUCCGAACAUCCAUAGCGCUUUGCUUGUACUUAUCUUGGGGAACAUAACACAUACAACACCAUAUUUCUAUGUUUCUCUCUUUCCUAGUAGAGUAGAAGUCCUUUGAAAUAAUGCUAACUUUUGUGUCCUGUGCUGCAACCAGCAUGGCAGAACAUGUGAAUUCCUACUAUCUACCAGGCAUUUCAUGGGCAUAGAAACUAUACAAAAGUUAUUCGGCCAUAAACACAAGGAACCUUGUCUGUGAGAAAAUAUUAAUUGCAUAAAUUGUGUAAGUACCGUAUCUAUAAAUAUCAACUAUCACUUGCUAGUUUUUCAUAAGUAAGCUCCUAAGAAUUUAUCUCCAGUAUUUGAAAUCAAUUUUUUAAAACCAUGGAUCAGAUCUCAAACAUACUCAUAUUAAAUCAAAACUAAGACAUACUAUGUACAUUGCUUGAUUGAUUGAGACAGAGUUUCGCUCUUGUUGCCCAGGCUGGAGUGCAAUGGC